AAUCUAUCUACUAUAAUAAAAGAAACCAAUUUUUGGACAGGUGUCACUCAAUGAGGGCUUUUAUGACUUCCCCCCACUUAAUACCGGGUUAUGAAACUGGGUCAUACGAUUCAAACCCUAAUUUCUCCACCUCCACCACCAAUCUUCCCAAAUCAUAACCCCUAAACACCUUUCCCUCAAUCCUUCCUCAUCCUCCUUCCACCAACUCUACAAUCACACACUACUUCAAUCUUUACCUUCUUUAUCCCCCACAAAUCAGUAUUCAAUUCCUUAAUCUCCAAAUCAACAUACUCACUUCAUAUUCUAGGUUUUCUGCGAUUAUUCAUCGGCGUUGCGCAAUUCUAUAACAGAUGAUCGAAGAGAAUGAAGCGACAAAAGGCAACCAUGAGUGAUGAAGGAGAAAAGACUUGCCCACUCUGUGUUGAAGAGAUGGAUUUAACAGAUCAGCAGCCGAGGCCUUGCAAACGUAGCUUUGAUAUUUGUGUAUGGUGUAGGCAUUACAUUAUGGAUAUGGCUGAGAAAGAUGAUACAGAAGGGAUGAUACAGAAGGGAGGUGUCCAGCAUAUUGUAUGCCUUACAACAAGGAAAAGAUAGCGGGGACUGCAUCAAAAUGUGAAAGGUUUGGACUCGCACAUUGUUACAUCGUAAACUUUGACUUAUAUUUGUUCCAGUGGUUGACGUUUGACUUCUCUACUGUGCUAUCAGACUGGUGGCUGAAAUGAGUAUGGAGAAGAAACAAAAGUCUCAAAAGGGGAAAACAAUGCUUAAUGCCUGGGUUAUU